CUUGCGGGAGCGGCUGUGGUAUUCGAAUGUAAUCUGCGGAGUCGUUGUGGGGGCGCUCGGGAUGGUUGGUUUUUUGGCGGAGGCGACGUUUGCGCGCGACAUGUUGCGUGGGGACACAAUUAACGAAAUUUUGCUCUGCUUCAAGGGCAGAGAGAAGGAGACGUUUCAGAUUGAGCGGUAG